UAUUAUGGCGAGAAAAUAUAUAUGGAAUAUCGUGUUUACGAUAGGGGUGCGCAGUAAGGGUGCGCGUUUUCUAGCCGCCGUUUGGUCCUUUGUGCAAAGUUCGCAGUCUGCCUGCGGCCGCGCUUGAUGAAACUUUAUUUCGUAUCACCCUUACCUUAGAAAAAACAAUUUUCUCCACGUAUUUCGGAUAUUAUUCUUCGGUGGUCCAACAAGCUGUCGAUAUAUUUUUCUUUUCUAUCUUCUCUUCCUUUUUUCCUUUUCUCGUGUAGUUGGUAGAUGUCGGCGUGAAAUUAAUCAGUGAUAUAAGAUGGAACGGACAGAUCUGGCGCGAUGAUCGAGAAUCGAUGACAACCGUUACGCAAGAUAUAAAUGGAAAAUUGUCUCGAACAAUGCGUGGGUGAAUUCUAAUUGCAAAUCGUCGAUUUCUUAUUAAUAUGAAGCAGUUAAGGGGAGGUGAUGAUCGUACCUCGAUGACGCUUAAAUGGAUGGUGUUAACACAGGAAAUGUAUCCGAAACGUUUAGACUGUGAUUUGCAAGUAAUUGUGACGAAUGAAUAUUUAUUGAGUAAUAAAAUUAAUCGAAUUAAUAUUAAAUCGUUGUUAAUGUGAGUUCUGAACGCUCAAGUUGUUUGUGUAAAUGAGAAUAAUAUAAAAUAGAAGCUCUGAUAAAUGGAAGAUCAUUGAAACUCUUUGAUAAUAGUCCGAAGAAUGGACUUUAAAACGAUGAUUUCAAAAGUUCUGUAAAAUAGUGCUAUGCGUUGUCUUACGUACAAAGAUAAAAAUAAAUGGUGAUAAAAACGAAAACUUAUAUGGGAGAAUGAGGAACUGAUGCAUGGUGGAAAUUGAUCGAAAGUUUUUUAAAGACUCUUUACGUGACACUAUGAAACUUUAACCGGAAGAUGAGGAAAUGACAAGCGACAGAUCGAUUAGGAAAUAAUAUGCUUGUGGACGGGGGUCGUGUAAAUUCAUCGUCGUAGCAAGGUCGGAAUGUUCCACAUAAACGGGUCACGAUGAAUACGGACGUGCAAGUAAAUCGUUCGCUAGAGAGACUACAAGACUUCGAGGCGUGGAACGUAACGAAUCCAGAGGAUUGCAACUAUUUCUCCGAAUCGCAGAGCAUAUUUUCAACAAAAUGGUUUCGUAGCAUUAUCUGCUUCCUGUAUAGCACCGUUUUUGUGGUCGCGUUAACUGGAAACGGUCUAGUCUGCUACGUAGUACACAGCAGUCCCCGAAUGAAAACCGUUACCAACUUCUUCAUCGUGAACCUUGCUUUCGGCGAUAUCCUGAUGGCACUCUUCUGUGUACCAACCAGCUCCAUCAGCACUCUGAUACUACAAUAUUGGCCAUUCGGCUCAGAAGUUUGUUUCAUCGUAAUUUAUUUGCAGGCGGUAUCAGUAUUGGUGAGCGCAUACACACUUGUUGCGAUUAGUAUAGAUCGCUAUAUUGCCAUUAUGUGGCCCCUGAAACCCAGAUUGAGCAAACGUCAAGCUCAAUUUCUGAUUCUAACUGUUUGGAUGCUUGCUAUGAUAAUAUCUCUUCCUAUCGCUAUUGUUUCAAAGCUAUCUCAACCAUCGAAGAAAUACGAAAGAUGCAAUCAAUACAUUUGCGUGGAAGUUUGGCCGUCGAUGGAGAACAAGUAUUAUUACUCAAUAGCGUUAUUGGUUCUUCAGUACGUGAUACCAAUAACAGUUCUGGUGUUUACGUACACCAGCAUCGCUGUUAUGGUAUGGGGAAAGAGACCGCCAGGAGAAGCCGAAAAUGUCAGAGACCAGAGAAUGGCACGAUCAAAAAGGAAGAUGAUUAAAAUGAUGGUAACGGUCGUAAUAGUGUUCACUAUUUGUUGGCUUCCACUCAAUAUAUUAAACCUACUAAUGGAUAAUAACGAGACUCUGGAAAGUUGGGCUGGACUUCCGUUCGUAUGGAUGGUUCUCCAUUGGCUAGCCAUGUCACACUCCUGUUACAAUCCAGUCAUUUAUUGCUGGAUGAACGCGAGAUUUCGGACUGGUUUCGUAACUGCGAUCGGACAUUUGCCUGGUGCACAUCGAGUACUUCGUAGAGAGAGACAACGUGAUAACUAUAAUGCUAGUACAAUGGGCAUUCCCUUAACAGGUAUCAAUGAUUCGGGCCAUUCUGUUUUGCGACGUAUGAACACAUGCACAACCUACAUCAGUGUCCGCCGCAAAACAAACGGAAACCAUACUGCACCCGCAAGAAGUGCCAGCAUCCGGAAUGACUCGUUUCGACCAGCGAAUCAACCAUUACAACGACAACUCGUUUAUCUCGAAUCCCACAAAGAAGAACAACUGUAAAAGGACUUUUUAAUUAAAUUACAUGUGAUUCCGUGUUAAAUGAAUAAAUAUGGAAAUAGAAAGUACAAUACAAGAAUAUUUAAAUGAUGCAAAUGUUUAUAAGGAAAGGAGUAGAUAAUAUGUAUAAGAAAAAGUUGAAUAAGUUCUGCGGAGAAAUUUGUGACUAUAAAUAUAAUGGUGAUUUGUGAGAAAUCAUAAAAUGAGCGUAACGUGGGUUUGGGUGGAUUUAAGAGAAGAAUAUUUUCAAUUAACAUACUAUCAUAAGUUUCGUCCUUUUCGUACUUAAUAUUCGUAGGCCAAAAAAUAUUCGGCCAAUCAUGUUGCUAGACCCGAAUUCGAUCGAACACUUGCCGGACGGGUGCUUUCUUAUUAAACUGCCCAGGCCUGGCGAAUACUUUCUCCCCAAUUCUUAAGAAGUCACGGUGGUUGCCACCUACAAUUCUAAGCUUUUUUAUACAAAGUAUGUAAAAGAAAAAUAAUAUAGGUAGAUGACAGUUCUAUACAUAUAUAUAUUUAUGUUUUAUUUAGUUACAAUAUUUCGUCCGUUUUGUA